ACGUUCUCUCUGUCCCUCUCUCUCUCUCUCCUCUUUCUCUCUCUAUCUUUCUGUCUGCCCCCAUCUUCUUCCUUCUCUCUCCCCCCUCUCAAAGAUUAGGGUUCUUUGGUUCCUUCUUCGAUUCUUCCAAACCUCUCCUUCUGCAUGCUAGAUCAAGAUUCCUCUCUCUUUGCUUCUCAGUUCUUAUUUUCUUCCACUUCGCUGGCAGAUGAUCUAAAUGGAUUGUGAUGCCUAGAGCAGCUUGAUACAAAGUUCGGCUGUGAAGAUGGGCAUUGUUCUUCAUGACUGCUACUUCAAAAAUUGCUGCCUAUCAUCUUCUACAGAAAUUUGUGGUUAAUUUGAGUUCUAUGAAACUCUUCCAGCUUGGAUUGCUCUGCUUUUGUUCUCAUUAGAAGUGGGAAGAAGGCUAAUAAACGAUUAGAGGUCCUUAGUAUCCAUGCUGGCAGAGAGUAUGCUUGGAUUCUGUGCAUCGAGUAAUGCCCCUGACGAGAUUUGCUGCCGAUGCAUUCGGUGUGGUGACAAUUUGUUUAGUGGCCCUAUUGAUUCUUCUUGGUCUGUUCUGCAUAAUUUACUCGUGCUACUUUCGGUCUCGCAUUCAUAGUGAAGGUUGCAUUCAACUCAGUUACUUCAGUGGUCCUUGGAUAAUUCGAAUUACAUUCAUCUUAUUUGUGAUCUGGUGGGGUGUUGGUGAAAUUAGUCGACUAAGUUUCUUACGCGAGGACGGAGGAUUGUUGCAUGACUUGAAAUGGCAAGAAACCAUUUGCAAAUGUUACAUCGUUUCGAACCUUGGGUUUGCAGAACCUUGCCUUUUCCUCACGCUCUUGUUUCUUCUUCGAGGUCCUCUUCAGAAUAUGGAGUCGGGAAUUCUCAGCCGGAAAUGGAACAGGAAAACAGCAGGAUAUAUUUUUCUCUACUGCUUCCCAGUGUUUGUUCUUCAAAUAGUUGUUAUACUUAUUGGACCCCGGUUAAACAACGAUAGCAGAUACGGUCGAAAACUGCCGAAAUAUUUUACUAGUGCAGUCACCAUUGUUACUGCAUCUAGUUCGAGAGGUGCUCCGGACAUUGCUCUCUGUACUUACCCUUUACUGAGUAUUAUCCUCCUCGGCUUUUUUGCCUCCAUCCUAACCAUCUACUUGUUUUGGCUUGGAAGGCAGAUUUUGAAGCUGGUGAUCAAUAAGAACUUGCAAAGGAGAGUAUACACAUUGAUAUUCUCAGUUUCGGGAUUCCUCCCUUUAAGGGUUAUAUUACUUGGUUUUUCUGUUUCUCGGAAACCAGAGCAGUUUUUAUUUGAAGCUCUCACUUUCUCAGCUUUUCUUGUACUUUUAUGUUGUGCUGGGUUGUGUAUAUGCAUGCUCGUCUACCUUCCGGUCGCCGAUUCUUUGGCUUUGGGCAAUUUACAGGAUUUAGAGGCGAGGAGAAGGUCGAACGAUGAUCACAAUGACACUAUCUCUCUCAUUGCCAACCAACCCCAUGUCAACGAUAGCUCUAGCUCCCCUCAAAUGAGCCCUGCCCGAAACUCUGAUGCCUCCUCAACCAAGAGGGGGUCGAUCUCGUUUAGAACAUUUCAAAAAGAUGGAGCUUCUGCUGGUAUGGGGACGGCAACUUUUGUGGAGCUCAGCCUAUUCUCUCCAAGCCGAGAGGUGUCCCCGCCGGGAUCACCUCCGUUGCUUGGUUGGCCGAUGCGCUCUACUUGAGAGAAAAAAAGGGCACCUUAUUAUGGCUGCGGUUGGGGUUGGUGGUUGAAAGCUUGUGAAGAGAAACUGAGUAUUUGUCAAUUUUGCAAUGAAGAAAAAAAACACUGAUUGUAAAAAGGAAACAAAAGGGUUUAGCUUCUUCAAUAAGGAUUUUUAAUUUUUGGCU